AGCGGGCAGCCUUGAGGGGGUGUGUGAGGGAUCCCUGAGGGGCGUUGAGGGACUCCUGAGAGGGGGGGGACCGCGCACGAUAGCCAGAGCUCAGCUGAGUCUCCUCACGCCCACCAACAUUGCACCAGCUGGCAGGGACCCUGUUUCCACGGGCCUUUCCCUCCCAAAGGCUUCUGCAGCCUUCCACUGACUGGCUGACUGCCCCAGCAACAACUAACCCCAAAUGGCUGGGUCAGGUAGAGGGAGAGGACGUGCUUCGUUUACCUUCAACAUCGAGGCCAUUGGCUUUGCUAAAGGUGCAGCCCUACCCGAUGUCGUGUGUCAGCCUCCACCACCGUUUCCUAGUACAGACAAUAAGCCAGUGCCUCUGAAAACAGGAGAAGAUGAAGAUUACAUGUUGGCCUUAAAACAAGAUCUUAGAGGAACUAUGAAAAAAAUGCCAUAUUUUUUGGCAGUAGAAGAAGAUCGUGAAGCAAUUGAGAGGUACAGUCAGAAGUACCAGGACAUUGAAAAGGAGCGUGCAGCAUGGACCCCAGAUUGGAGAAGACUUCCAAGAGAGAUGAAGCCAAAGAAAAAGACCAAAAAAGCAGGUGCAAAACCAAAAAGGGCAAAAAGCUCUGAGCCUAAAAGUAAUCUGGAUGUGUUGAAAAAAAUCGAGGAGUUGGAAAAGAAGGACGAUGAAGAAGAAAAAUCUGAAGACGAGAAAGACAAAACAAAAGACAAAGAAGGAGAAGAUGAUGAAGAAGCAGAAGAACCAGAGGAGUAUGAUGAAGAGGAGCAAGAAGAGGAAAAUGACUACAUUUCUUCAUAUUUUGAAGAUGGAGAUGACUUUGGUGCUGGCAGCGAUGACAAUAUGGACGAAGCAACAUAUUAGCUGCUGUUGCUAGGUGGUGCACUCCUCAAGCCUUACACUACUUGAAGUGUGAUUCUGGAGGUAGGCUGAGCAUCAACAGAACUAAUGCUUGAGCUCUGUGGGUUUUAAGUAUACUCCCCAAAAACUGUUGGGACAGUUCUUUUGAAGUGACCUAUGCUGUAAAACAGAGUAGGGGAUCUUUCUUUUUUGUUCUUUUGCCAGGUGUUUUGCAGACACGCACCUUUUGAAGGUUCUCUGGAAUGCCUCAUGAUGGAUUGAGCUAUAUGCCUCUGUAUUGCCUCUGCACAGAAAAAAGAAUGUAUGCAUUUUAAUUGAAAUUGUGCCUAAGCAUUUGCACUAGUCAGUACUAUACUUUAGCAGUCGAAUCUUGAAAAUAAUAGUGAAAUUCUUGACUGCAGCAAAAAAAAAGAUAAUGGCCUUUAUGGACAUAAGCUGCCCGUAUUUGGCAGCUGAUUUAUGUAACUCCUGAAGGGAUUUAUGUAACUUCUGAAUUCAGGUGACUGAAAAUAAUCAACCACUAAGCACUUUAAUACAAACUGACUUGAAAGGACCUUAGUAAUAUGGACAAACAACAUAAUGAGAGUAUUUUGAUAAGCUAUUACUCUAGUUAAAAUAACAUUAUUUUUAGUAUUUUGGCAAGAAGGGACUGUAAUAUUUAACAAUGUGUUACAUUAGCUUUAUAAAUCAGUGUAAGUAAGGAUAAUUUCAUUUAGAAAGAAUAUAUGGCAGAAUUUAAGGUUGAGAAAUUAUGGAAUCCUGGUUUUCACCGGUGGCACACAGAUUAGGGACAAGAAUUUCAGUCCUGCACCUCAGUUUCUCUGCCUCUUAAGGUGAUACCAACUCUCCUACCUCACAGAGCUGUUAAGUGAGAUGGUGGGUGAUAGCUAUCCAUGUAAUUGUUAAUGCUUUUACUUUCCUACAGAACAAAAAAGACUGAAACUUAAGAGACAGCAAAUCAAUACAAAAAACCCAAAAUAUGUAGGAAAGGAUGCGGUGAAGUAUUUUGAUGCAUGAAGUUUUAAGAACCGACAGCUGUAUUGUAGAAACCUUAUUCCUGGGAUUAGAAACUUGAAGAAAUGACAGAGCAUUCUCUGUUUCCCAUUGUCCUUUGACGACAUAAAAUAUCGAUCAGUGUUAUUUUAGUGUUACUAUAUUACCAUUGAUCAAGGCUAAUCAUUUGUGGUUUUUUUUUUUUACUUUUUAAAAACAUUCUGUUAGUGCUGUUAUCAGAUCUAAUGAAAGAACAGUUUUAAAACAAAACCAAUUAUUUUAUCAGCAACAGAAAGUACGGAAGUUUUCCUUGUAAGUUUGGCAUUUUGUCAAGCAGUACUUUACCUCACAGCUGACUGGAAAACAGUACUGCAUUAUUCUGUGAACU